UUCUCUCUGGCCCCACUCCGGAGGACCAUACUCGUUUUCUUUGAGGCUGUAAGGGGCCCCCUCAGCCACGGCUGAGGUGGAAGAAAGAUGGCGGCAGCCGUGCGACAGGAUUUGGCCCAGCUCAUGAAUUCGAGCGGCUCUCAUAAAGAUCUGGCGGGCAAGUAUCGACAGAUCCUGGAAAAAGCCAUUCAGUUGUCUGGGGCAGAACAACUAGAAGCUUUGAAAGCUUUUGUGGAAGCAAUGGUAAAUGAGAAUGUCAGUCUUGUGAUCUCACGACAGUUGCUGACUGAUUUUUGCACACAUCUGCCUAACCUGCCUGAUAGCACAGCCAAAGAAAUCUAUCACUUUACCUUGGAAAAGAUCCAGCCUAGAGUCAUUUCAUUUGAGGAGCAGGUUGCUUCCAUAAGGCAGCAUCUUGCAUCUAUAUAUGAGAAAGAAGAAGAUUGGAGAAAUGCAGCCCAAGUGUUGGUGGGAAUUCCUUUGGAAACAGGACAAAAACAGUAUAAUGUAGAUUAUAAACUGGAGACUUACCUGAAGAUUGCUAGACUCUAUCUGGAGGAUGAUGAUCCAGUCCAGGCAGAGGCUUACAUAAAUCGAGCAUCAUUGCUUCAGAAUGAAUCAACCAAUGAGCAGUUACAGAUACAUUAUAAGGUAUGCUACGCACGAGUUCUUGAUUAUAGAAGAAAAUUCAUUGAAGCUGCACAACGGUACAAUGAGCUCUCUUACAAAACAAUAGUCCAUGAAAGUGAAAGACUAGAGGCCUUAAAACAUGCUUUGCACUGUACCAUCCUAGCAUCAGCAGGACAGCAGCGUUCUCGAAUGCUCGCUACUCUUUUUAAGGAUGAAAGGUGCCAGCAACUUGCUGCUUAUGGAAUCCUAGAGAAAAUGUACCUAGAUAGGAUCAUCAGAGGAAAUCAGCUUCAAGAGUUUGCUGCCAUGCUGAUGCCUCACCAAAAAGCAACUACAGCGGAUGGUUCCAGCAUCUUGGACAGAGCUGUUAUUGAGCACAAUUUGCUGUCUGCAAGCAAGUUAUAUAAUAAUAUUACCUUUGAAGAACUUGGAGCUCUUUUGGAGAUCCCAGCAGCUAAGGCAGAAAAGAUAGCAUCUCAAAUGAUAACAGAAGGACGGAUGAAUGGAUUUAUUGACCAGAUUGAUGGAAUAGUUCAUUUUGAAACACGAGAAGCCCUGCCAACAUGGGACAAGCAGAUCCAGUCACUUUGUUUCCAAGUGAAUAACCUUUUGGAGAAAAUUAGUCAAACAGCCCCAGAAUGGACAGCACAAGCCAUGGAAGCCCAGAUGGCUCAGUGAGUCAUCUCAGAACUUCUGUGCACACUACAUCUUUUUCCAUGUUGUGCAGAUUGGUUUCACUGUCUCUCCAAAGCAUUUGCAUCAUGACCUUAUACAUUUCAACCCCUUUUAUGCUGGAUUCCAUUUAAAGAAGAUAUUAGAGCAGGAAGUACAAGCAUUUAAAAAUAGCUAGUUUCCAUAUAUUCAGGGUCUCUGUGCAUUAAACUAACUCAGAUGUUUUGAAAGCUGUUUCUUUCAAUGGGGUAGGUGAAAUACCUGUGGCUAAAAAGUUUGGGAUUUGUGAUAACUUUGUAGUCAUGUAAAACUUAAGUGCUUUGUGCCUCUCCAAAUGUGGUUAUUCUAAUAAAUCGAGAAAUGAGCUACAUAAAA